AUGAAAAUCUUUGUAAUAGCGUGCGCGCUUAUUGGCUAUUUUGAAAUAGCUUACUGUAAAGCGGAGAGUGCCGACCCCAGUACAACAUUAGCAAAUGCUGGAAGUGAUAAAGGCAAUGCUAAAGAGGGAGUGCAUGUUGUAGAAGGAAAGGAAGAUUCUGUAGCCGCCUCAGACAAAGAUGUUGAGCAAGAGCAUGCAGAUGUAUCUGAGAGCAGUCAAGAUCCUAACAUAAAAGAGAUGUUACAGAAGCUGGCAAAGACAGCAGCUGAGAAGCAUCUAGAGGAAUCUUCAAAGAAUGGAGAGGUAAGUAUGACAGAAGAGGAAAUGAAGCAAGCUGCAGAUGAACUAGCCAAGAAAAUAUUAAAAGAGGCAGAGGAAGGGAAGACAGAUUCUAAAGAAUCACUUGAGGAUGCAGUUGAAAGGCUUCAGAAGAGCAUGGAGGAGGAAAAGAGUCAGAGCACUCCUGCCGAAAAAGUAGAAAAAGUAGAAGGAGAGUGCAUUUUGUUCUCAUCUCUUGAGCUCUCAGCUGAGGAGGUUGAGAAGAUUACCAACUCUGUUAAAGUAUCAUCCUUUAGACAGAGCAGCGAUGAGGAGCUAGCUAAGAGUCUGGGGGUGACUAUUCCUGGAGUAUUUUAUAAGUCAAAUGAAGGUGCCUAUGUGUUCAGUCUUUCUUCAGGGGAGAACACAGUUGAGGGAGUCUCUUCUAAAAUAUCAAAAGUACAGGACAUUGCACUUGUUCCUGUAUUUGGAGAGUUAUACAGAGAGAAUUCUCAAUUAUAUGAGAAUCUUUCUAUUCCCAUUGUAUACUUUGUAUCAAGAAAGCAGGACUUUGAGAAGUACAAGUGGGCAGCACCAAUUGCAGAAAAUCUUAAGAGUCAUUUAAAGAUUGCUCUGCUUGACUACACAAGCACAGAGUUCUUCCUGAACAUUUCUGGAGUGCAUGAGCCAAUGCUUCCUGCACUGUUCAUUAUUAUUCCCAAUGGCAAGAAGUUACACAAGUAUCUUCUUACUAAUGCAGAGGACAAUGAGAGAACUAUUGAAUUUUUAGAGCAGUGUGCUUAUAAUAUAGACAGUGUAAAACCAUAUCUUAUGGGAGAGCCAAGACCAUCUGAUGAAGAUGCAAAGAAUGAGGCAGGAGUAGUAAACUUAGUUUCUUCUACUUUUGAUGAAAUUGCACUUGACCCAAUGAUGGACACUUUAGUAGUAUACUAUGCAGAGUGGUGCAACUUCUGUAAGAAUUUACUGCCGGGUUUAGAUAAGCUAGCAACUGCAUUAAAUGGUGUUUCUAGUGAUGUAGUUAUUAGUAGAAUGCUUAUGUCAAAGAACGAUGUUCCAUUACACGAUGAGAUUGAGCCAAUUCAGGCAUACCCCACCAUAAGAAUAUACAAGAAAGGCACAAACAAGGAAAUUGAAUUUGAGAUACAGGACAAGCCAGCAGAUGCUGAAGGCGUUCUUGAGUUCCUCAAAAAACACACUGACAUCCCUGCUGAUCUAACUAUUGAAACAGCAACUGCCUCCAAGACAGCUCCAAUGGAAGGAGCAAAGAUUCCUGAAGAAGUUAAGAUGGAUCUAUAA